AGCCGCAUAUGCCCUUGCCAGCUCGCGUUGACUAAUGCCCGUUUAUCCAUCCUACCAAAGCAUAUUCUUCAGCUACUCCAUCCUCUACUACCACUAGCCAAUUCUUAGUUCAAUCUGUUUCUUAGUAUCUCGACACAUUAGCGUAAGAAACCACUUAAUUAGUCGUAGAGAAGAGAGAAUUUAAGAUUGAGGAGGAGAAGGAGAAGGGGCAGAUCCAUCGAGCGACCAAAUCAUCAGUCCGCUAUGGAGAUCCUGAGCCCGUCGCCGCCGCCUAGCCCCGCUGCAAGCCAGUUUCUCUACGGCGGCGGCCCUCUCCACGCGGGGCUCCGCCGAGAUCACGCUCACGCGCUGCUCCACAUCGCCGUCGGGAGGUCGCCGGAGAAGACGCUGCCGCUGCUGCGCUGGGCCUUCCGCCGCUUCGCCUGCGCCCGCGUCGUCCUCCUCCACGUCCACCAACCCUCCCAUGCCAUCCCCACCCUCCUAGGAAAGAUUCCUGCCGCUCAAGCCACGGAAGAACUCGUCUUGUCCCAUCGCAUGUCCGAGAAGGACGAAAUGAACAAGAUCCUCCGUACCUACCUCACUUUCUGUCGCAGGGCGCAGGUGCAGCCAAGUCUUCUUGUCACAGAGAGUGAUCAAAUCCACGAUGGUAUCGUCACUUUGGUCAAGGAUCAUGGGGUUACAAAGCUUGUUAUGGGUUCUAUACCGGAUAAUUGCUUCAAGUUAAAACCAAGCCACAGCAAAGAAUAUUUUAUGGCAAAAAAUGCUCCAGCAUUUUGUGAAAUUUGGUUUGUUUGGAGAGGGAGACACAUCUGGACCAGAGAAGCAAGUGCAGCCAUUGACAACAGCAUCUCAGUCUACAACCAAGAUGAUAUUAUGAUGACCGUAAGGAGAACUAGGUUCAGCUCAAAUAGUAACGAUGCUGGAUCCAUGUUUGAUGACGGAUAUAAUACGUGCGGGACAUCAACAGUAGCUGAUCUUCAUGAAGUCACUAUUUUUAAUAAUGGUCGAUUAAAUGAUUAUGGAUCUCUAGGAGCUGAUGCCAACUGUAUCGACAAUAUGAACAUAUCAAAUUUACAAGAUGCAGAAUCUGCAUUCAACUCACCCCCCUGUCCUGAUUCCUCUCUACAUGGCGUAGCAUUACAGUUAUAUUCUAAGGAAAUGUUGGAUACAAAUCUCAGAAAAGUAAUCAUUGAAGCUGAGGGGUCAAGGAAGGAAGCUUUUCUUGAGCUGCUCAAGCGCAAAGAAACAGAGUUAAACGUGGCCAAUGCUUUUGCCAGGGUAAAAGCUUCAGAGUGUUCUAAAAAACUAGAACUGAAAAGAAGAGAGGAACUUGAAGGCUUAUUUCUAGCCACGAGAAAGCAGCAUGAAGAUCUUGCAAGAAGUAGAGAAAAGGCUGCAGCUGUGUUGGACUCUUCUAUGAGAAGAUUAGACAUUCUAGAUGCACAUGCUAAAAGCAUAAGCGAACGGAUGAAUGACGCUGUGGCAGAGCUGGAGGUGAUUCAGUCUUCCAUAAAAAUUCUUAAGCAGGAAAAAACAAAAGUGCAAAAGCUAGAAGAUAGACAUAUUAACCAGAUUGAAGGGUGCACGUACAGCCAUUAUAAGUUGCCGAAUUGCAGUUCAGUUGCUCUUGGUGAUGAUUCAUACACAUUUAGAAAAUCGACACUGUUAGAUAAGCAAGCUGCGACAUGUAAAUUCUCAGAGAGCUUCAAAAUACGUCCACAAGGUCAUGGGUGUGUUUACAAAGGAGAAAAUAUGAACAGGGGUGUGAUGAUUCAUAAGUUGCACUCACACAGAAUUAAGAGCCUGAUGCUGUUCGAGCAAGAGGUGCGCAUUCUUAGCAAGGUGAGGCACCCUCAUCUAGUGACCUUGGUUGGUGCAUGCCCAGACACACCGUGUCUUGUGUACGAAUAUCUGCAGAAUGGGAGCCUUCAUCGCUGUCUCUUCAGCGAACACAACGCCCUAUCGUUGCCCUGGAAAAUCCGUGCACGUAUUGUGGCGGAGAUCUCAAGUGCUUUACUGUUCUUGCAUUCCUGUAAACCACAGAUGAUUGUUCAUGGUGGCUUGAAUCUCGAGAACAUCCUUCUAGAUACAGACUUUCACUGCAAGAUAGUUGAUUUUGGUAUAUCCACGGGCGACCCGGCUGGACUGCUGGCACGCAAGUCUGAUAUAUACUCCUUUGGUAUUGUGAUACUGCAGUUACUAACCAGGAAACAUCCUGGGUUAAGCCUUGCUACUGAAGUAAGGAGCGCAAUGUCUUGCGGAAAGUUAUCAUCGAUCUUGGAUCCAACAGCUGGGAAGUGGCCUAUGGAGGUGGCUCGAAGGCUAGCAGAGUUUGGAAUCAAGUGCAGCGGAGAUAGGCUGGAGCUGACACCGGAGGCAGUACGAGAUUUGGAGCAGCUGCAUCUGAUGAGGGGGAGACAAGUACCCUCGUUCUUCCUAUGCCCAAUUCUCAAGGAAACCAUGGAUGAUCCUCAGGUGGCCGCAGAUGGGUUGACGUACGAAGGGCGUGCCAUUCGCGAUUGGAUGGAGAAUGGCCGGGCAGUGACCAACUUGGAGCUGAAGCAUCUCAAUCUCAUCCCCAACCAUGCCCUAAGAUUUGCCAUUCAGGAUUGGCUCUCUCAGUCUUAGCUGCUUCAACAUCCAACUAGUUAGAUAGUCCUCUAUAUGUAUAUGCUUCUGUAGUUAGUGUACUACUAGUAGUAUGUCAAUAGCUUAGUGUGCUGUGAAUAUUUUUGGUUAAUUUCUCUGGUUCGAUUGUACUCCCUCGGUUCCUAAAUAUGGGAUGUUGUAGCUUUCAGACUUGCUAAAGUUUGGCCAAGUUUAUAGAUCAAGCAAAUUUAUCUACAACUUUAAA